CUCUUGCCAUCAUUAAAUCGUAGACUAUUAAAGCGAAUUUUUUCUCUCUCUUAAAAAAAAGAAAUCAUUAGCUACACGAUGAAGUUCUACGAAGUGCUUUUUCUCUUGUUUGUAUCGCAUCAGUUUGCUGUUGGUGAAUUGGAAAGUUUGAAGCAACGAAAAUUCUUGUUGGAAACUCAAGUUCAAACCAUUGCACGAGAACAGCAGCAAUUAGCUAAUCAAUUGAUUCGAAAUGGUGUUCGUCAAAUGGAAAAUUUUUCAAAACAACUACAAAUCACUCAAACCGUACAGACACUGGCUGCAACUGCAUUAGCUGCCAAAGGACUUAACGAUUUGAAUGGUGUAGAACGUUUUGGUUUAUCAUCGAACAUACGUCAAUGUUACCAACUGAAUAAGUUCACGUUCGGUGAUGCAAUUGGUACGGCUAGAACAACGGCCAUGCAGUGCAUAAACGAUAAAUUUAAUGAAGGCAAAACGAUUAUGGAUAAAGCAAUAAAUAAUAUUCGAACAGCGGCUGAGGAUAUAAACGGCGGUGCCCAAUUGAUAGCCGAAUGCAGUCAAUUUACAAUUGGAUUCCCAUCGGUGGCCGGUUUAGUUGCAAAAGUCACAUGCCUGACUAAGGCAGUGCUUAAUAUGAAAAGUGGAGCCAUUUUAUUACCCAUAAAUCUGAGCCGUCGCGUUGUCGAAGCGAAUGUUGCAAUUAGCACCAUUCAAUCGGAUAUAAUUAAAUGUAAUUUGGACAUCUUAUCAACGAUUAUAUCACAAUCAACGAAAUCUGGUGAGGCCAUUAUUGACUGUAUCAACCAAAAUCAAUCAACCAACGGUAAAUGAUCAUCAUCUAAUCUGUUCUGCCUCCCGUCCUUUCUUGAUGAAACCAUGAAAACAUUUCGAGGUACAUUAAAUGUACAUUUUUAUUUUGUUUUCACUGCUGCUGCUGUUUCAGCAAUUAAUUAUUUACUGUCACUGCCACUAUUUUAUUCGUUAAAUAAAAGACCCUCGUUAAAUUGCAUUGCAAAUGGAAAACUA